AUGCCUAUUCGCCUCGGAAUCAACGGGUUCGGCCGCAUCGGCAGGAUGGCCCUGAGGGCGUCUCUGAACAUCGACGGCGUCCAGGUUGUCGCGAUCAACGACCCCUUCACGGACUGUGAGUACAUGGAGUACAUGCUCAAGUACGAUACGGUGCACGGGCGCUUUGACGGCACCAUCGCCCACUCUGAAGACUCCAUAACGGUCAAUGGGAACAAGAUCUCUGUCUUCAAGUCUAUGAAGCCCGAGGAGAUCCCAUGGGGCAAGACCCAGGUGGACAUUGUGCUCGAGUGUACAGGUCGCUUUACAACGAAGAAGGAUGCUGAGCUCCAUAUCACCGGCGGCUGCAAGCGUGUCAUCAUCUCCGCUCCGUCGGCGGACGCCCCUAUGUUCGUCUGCGGUUGUAACCUCGAGACGUACGAUCCGAGCACGAUGAAGGUCAUCUCCAACGCCUCCUGCACGACGAACUGCCUUGCUCCUCUUGCGAUGGUUGUCAAUAAGAAGUUUGGUAUCAAGGAGGGCCUCAUGACCACCGUCCACGCCGUCACGGCCACCCAGCUCCCAGUGGACGGGCCGUCCAAGAAGGACUGGCGUGGCGGCCGUAGCUGCGGUGCUAACGUUAUCCCGUCCAGCACCGGGGCCGCAAAGGCUGUCGGGAAGGUCCUUCCCGCGCUCAACGGAAAGCUUACCGGUAUGGCCUUUCGUGUCCCUGUCCCAGACGUCUCUGUCGUCGACCUGACCUGUACUCUUGAGAAGGACGCAACGUACGAUGAGAUCUGCGCUGAGAUCAAGCGCGCCUCUGAAAACGAGCUCAAGGGGAUCAUGACCUACACUAACGAGGACGUCGUGAGCAGCGACUUCCUCUCAACCACCAGCACGUGCAACUUCGACAGCAAGGCUGGCAUCAUGCUCAACAGCAGGUUCGUUAAGCUGGUUGCCUGGUACGACAACGAGUUCGGCUAUGCUAACAAGCUUGUUGAACUAGCAAAGUACGUCGGGUCCAAGGGCUGCUAA